AUGGAGAGAUCGACGGCGACAUGGAAGCCUAACGUUGAGAUAUCUCCGACCUGUCCUCGUUGCGGUUCCAUGAACACCAAGUUCUGUUACUACAACAAUUACAGCUUGACCCAACCUCGGUACUUCUGCAAAGGUUGUCGGAGGUACUGGACCAAAGGGGGUUCUCUCCGGAAUGUUCCCGUCGGCGGCGGCUGCCGGAAAACCAGGAGACCCAAGUCCUCCUCGUCUAUUCGCCUAGUUGAUGGGCAUCGCCGAGGAGGGAUGUUUAUAGCCCAGGAGGGGAUCUCCGCAGCCGCCGACAACAAUAAUCCCGCCGCCGCCGCCGCCGCCGGCGGGACUAAUGGCCCGGCCCCCAACAUUGAUCUCGCCGCCGUUUAUGCAAACUUCAUGAAUCAAAAGCCUAAUCCUAAUCCUCAACCUCAACCCGGCGGGCACAUCCCGGAAACUACUACACUGGCUAAUAAUAAUGACGGCGGCGGCGCAGGUCCAUCGUUUGAAUUUUCCGGCUAUCCAGCGAUGUUGAACGUGGAUUAUUUCGUCCCCGAGGACGCCAUGGCUCUUCAAGACGGCGGCUUCGUCGUCGAUGAAUUUGGAAACAAUAAUAAUUCCGCAGCAGCGCUGUUUCAGGAACAAUUCUGCGGCGAGUCGUUGCCCCCAAUACUCCCUCCUCAUCAAGAGUUAACAACCUCAGAAGGGUGGCCCAACCACAACUCCGACAUGAAUAUGAAUAUGAAUAUGAUGUUUCCAUUGCACACAAUAAGUGCUCAUCAUGAACCAGAGGUACAAGGUUGUCCUAACCAUCACACCAGUUCAAGUGCAAGUCUUUUCAGCAUCCCCACCACUUAUGAUUCCAUUUUCAGGCCUUAA